CGCCCGCCCGCGACAGGGGAACCGAGGGGUCUGUGAGGGAAGCAAUUCCCCGCUGCGUUGUUUUGGGCUCCGUGAGCCGAAAGGGGGAGGGGAGCAGAAGGGAGAAACAAACACUACGUAGCGGAGGCUGCGCGCGGCCUUCGCUGCCUGCGUGCGUACGUGCGUGCGCUCGCUCGCUCGCGCGGGCUCAGUGCUGGCGCGUGAGGCGGAGGCGGGCGGCGGCGGCGCCUGCGCGGUCGGGCUCGGUCGACGGUUCGCAGGGGAGGAGGCGGCGGGAGGCGGAGGAGGCGGCGGCGAUGGAGGUGAAGCGGCUGAAAGUGACCGAGCUGCGGUCGGAGCUGCAGCGGCGGGGCCUGGACUCGCGCGGCCUAAAGGUGGAUCUGGCGCAGCGGCUGCAGGAGGCGCUGGACGCCGAGAUGCUCGAGGACGAGGCCGGCGGUGGCGGGGCCGGGCCCGGCGGGGCCUGCAAGGCGGAGCCUCGGCCUGUGGCCGCGUCGGGCGGUGGCCCGGGCGGGGACGAGGAGGACGACGAAGAAGAGGAGGAGGAGGACGAGGAGGCGCUGCUUGAGGACGAGGACGAAGAGCCACCCCCUGCCCAGGCCUCGGGCCAGGCCGCGCAGCCGCCGCCGGAGCCCCCGGAGGCGGCAGCCAUGGAGGCCGCGGCCGAGCCUGAUGCUUCCGAGAAGCCGGCGGAGGAGGCCACGGCCGGGUCAGGUGGGGUAAAUGGUGGCGAAGAGCAGGGCACCGGCAAGGGGGAGGAGGAAGAGCCGGAGGAGCGGAGCGGGGACGAGACGCCGGGAUCCGAGGCGCCGGGUGACAAGGCCGCAGAGGAACAGGGAGAUGACCAAGAUAGUGAAAAGUCAAAACCAGCAGGCUCAGAUGGUGAGCGGCGGGGGGUAAAGAGACAGCGGGAUGAGAAGGAUGAACAUGGCCGAGCUUACUAUGAAUUCCGAGAGGAGGCUUACCACAGCCGCUCAAAGUCUCCACCACCUCCUGAAGAAGAGGCAAAAGACGAGGAGGAGGAUCAGACUCUUGUGAACCUGGACACGUAUACCUCGGAUCUCCAUUUUCAAGUGAGCAAAGACCGCUAUGGAGGGCAGCCACUUUUCGCAGAGAAGUUCCCCACCCUUUGGUCUGGGGCAAGGAGUACUUACGGCGUGACAAAGGGGAAAGUCUGUUUUGAGGCCAAGGUAACCCAGAAUCUCCCAAUGAAAGAAGGCUGCACAGAGGUUUCUCUCCUUCGAGUUGGAUGGUCUGUUGAUUUUUCCCACCCACAGCUUGGUGAGGAUGAAUUCUCUUAUGGUUUCGAUGGACGAGGACUCAAGGCAGAGAAUGGGCAGUUUGAAGAAUUUGGCCAGACUUUCGGGGAGAAUGAUGUCAUUGGCUGCUUUGCUAAUUUUGAGACUGAAGAAGUAGAACUUUCCUUUUCCAAGAAUGGAGAAGACCUAGGUGUGGCAUUCCGGAUCAACAAGGAAUCCCUGGCAGAACGGGCCCUCCUACCCCAUGUCCUCUGCAAAAAUUGUGUUGUAGAAUUAAACUUUGGUCAGAAGGAGGAGCCCUUCUUCCCACCACCAGAAGAGUUUGUGUUCAUUCAUGCUGUGCCUGUUGAGGACCGUGUGCGCACUGCAGUCCCUCCCAAGACCAGAGAGGAGUGUGAGGUGAUUCUGAUGGUAGGACUGCCUGGAUCUGGAAAGACCCAGUGGGCACUGAAAUACGCAAAAGAAAAUCCUGAGAAAAGAUACAAUGUCCUGGGAGCUGAGACUGUGCUCAAUCAAAUGAGGAUGAAGGGGCUUGAGGAGCCAGAGAUGGAUCCCAAAAGCAGAGACCUUUUAGUUCAGCAAGCCUCCCAGUGCCUUAGUAAGCUGGUCCAGAUUGCUUCCCGAACAAAGAGGAACUUCAUUCUUGAUCAGUGUAAUGUGUACAACUCUGGCCAACGGCGGAAGCUGUUGCUGUUCAAGACUUUCUCUCGGAAAGUGGUGGUGGUGGUUCCUAAUGAGGAAGAUUGGAAGAAGAGGCUGGAGUUGAGGAAGGAAGUGGAGGGAGAUGAUGUGCCUGAGUCUAUAAUGCUGGAGAUGAAAGCCAACUUCUCUCUGCCUGAAAAAUGCGACUAUAUGGAUGAGGUGACAUACGGGGAGCUGGAGAAGGAGGAAGCUCAGCCCAUUGUCACUAAGUACAAGGAGGAGGCAAGGAAGCUGCUGCCCCCUUCCGAGAAGCGGACAAACCGCCGAAACAAUCGAAACAAGCGCAACCGGCAGAACCGAAGCCGAGGCCAAGGCUACGUGGGCGGGCAGCGCCGAGGCUACGACAACCGGGCCUACGGGCAGCAGUACUGGGGGCAGUCUGGAAACAGAGGGGGUUACCGUAAUUUCUACGAUCGAUACAGGGGAGACUAUGAUCGAUUCUACGGGCGAGAUUAUGAGUACAACAGAUACAGAGACUACUACAGACAGUACAAUCGGGAUUGGCAGAGUUACUACUACCACCACCCCCAGGACAGAGACCGAUACUACAGGAACUACUACGGUUACCAAGGGUAUCGGUGAAGCCCCUGUUGUUCUCGCCUGUCAGCCACGAAGCUGAAUCUCUAGGGGUGCCAGGCACCCCCCAAAACACAACCAAGGAAAACAGGGGCUGUUCGGGUGGGGCUGAGCUGCCGGGGAGGGGCGGUGGGGGGGGAGGGUGCGCAAGCAGGGGCAGGGGAGGGGGGAGGCGGAAACAACAAAACUGUACAUUUUUUUUAAAAGUUUGUUGAAAAGAAUAUUGUCUUAUUCUAUAAAACAUUUCAAACCUAGUUAGAUAUUUGUAAUCAAAAAACAUUUGCGCAGAAAGCAGCACUUAGGGCUGCCUGUCCUAUAUCCUGCAGUUGGACAGGAAAAGAACUGAAAAUGUCACCCUUCUGACAUUCUGAGGCAGCUGGCCUGGCAGCCAAGGAAGGGAGAGUGAUGAGGUGGCGCGGAGAGGGUGGGCACGCAUGUGAGGGCACUCUCUCCAGAGCAGGCAGGAGGCGGGGACAGAGGGACAGCUUGUGACUGGGGCAGUGAAAAUAAACGAUUGGCUCUUAUCAAUCACUUGCACCAACUAA